AUGAAGGUAACAGUUGAAAGGACCGGCGCCGGCCAAAUCCAGCCCCCUCAAAACCAUCCGCCGCAGUUGGACCCUCACGAUAGGCCAAGUUUCCCGCGCCGGAGAAUGAAGGCUCCCGGCGUCGGAGUUCGGAUGAGAAGGGAAGCUGGAGCCCCGCCCGCGAGGCGGGGCAGUCGGCCCGAGACGCCUCUGCUGAGGUGGAGUCCAGGGGUCUCGGCCAGGAAACUUGCUGCUGGCCUGUGGCGCCUCAAUAUGCUGGAGUUUCAGAUUCAUACUGGCCAAAGGGUAGGAGGGUUUCAGUUCGGAGUGGACCAUUUUGGAGGCACUCUCGAUUGUCAUCAUGUCGACAGAGUGCAUGGUUUGACAGAUAAUGACAUGGUGCAUAGUCCAAGAUCCGUGCAUGGACAUCUCUUUAAUAAGCAAUGGAAGGAACUACCAAGUGGGACCCCCACAGCUGGGAAGCCCAAAAAAACAACUGCCCAAAUCUUCGCCCUGCCAAAAGCCCCUGGCCGACACCACUCCACAGCAAUCCCUGCUCUGGAGGCAGAGCUUAACCGAUCCCUAGCCCACAUCGACGAGUUGGAGUCAGAGCACCGGUCCUCCAAGAAGAAGCUGGAGCAGUUUCUAAGGAAGCUUGGGGAGGAGCGAGCCGCGUGGCGCAGCCGGGAGCACAAGAAAGUGCGGGCCAUCAUGGACGACAUCAAGUCCGACCUGGCCCACGAGCGCAAGAACCCGCAGCAGCUCGAGGCUGUCAACUCAAAGCUAGUCAACGAGCUGGCCGAUGCCAGGCUGUCGGCCAAGCGCCUCGCGCAGGGGUACGACAAGGAGCGCAAGGCCCGUGCGCUGAUCGAGGAUGUUUGCGAUGAGCUGGCGAAGGAGAUUGAGGAGGAUAAAGCUGAGGUGGAGGCUCUUAAGAGGGAGUGCAUGAGUCUUGAUGAGGAAGUCGAAGAGGAGAGGCGAGUGCUGCAAAUAGCUGAGGUGUGGCGUGAAGAGCGCGUGCAGAUGAAGCUGGUGGAUGCCAAGGUCAUGCUUGAAGAGAAAUAUUCGGAGAUGAGUGGUCUGGUCGCGGGCCUCAUGUCCUUGUUGAGUUCCGGUUCGGGCUCAGAGAAGAUAGAGGAGGCCGAGUUUCUGAUCCAAGUAGCGAAAUCAGUGAGCAUGCAGGAUGUGAGGGAGUUGACUUACGAACCACCGAACAUGGUUCAAUUUCUAGAUCAGCUAAAAGCUAGCCGAAUGAAGGAAAUUGCUUUUAAGAGGGAAGCUGAACUUGAGGAGAUAUUCGCACAUGCUCACAUAGAGAUAGAUACCGAGGUUGCCCGAGAAAAGAUUUUAUCGCUAAUCGACUCCGGCAGCAUUGAGCCUACAGAGUUAUUGGCUGACAUGGAAAAUCAGAUCAUGAAAGCAAAAGAAGAGGCAGCUAGCAGGAAGGACAUAUUGGAUAAAGUUGAGAAGUGGAUGUCAUCUUGUGAUGAAGAAAGUUGGCUUGAAGACUACAAUAGGGAUGAGAACAGGUAUAAUGCAAGUAGAGGUGCACAUUUGAAUCUGAAGAGGGCUGAAAAGGCACGAAUUCUGGUCAGUAAAAUUCCAGCUCUUGUAGACGGUUUAAUUGCAAAAACUCGUGCAUGGGAGCAAGAUCGUGGGAUCACAUUCAGGUAUGAUGGUGUUCCCCUACUUGCAAUGCUAGAUGAGUAUGUAAUUCUUAGACACGACAGAGAAGAGGAGAAGAAGAGGUUGAACGAACAAAAGAAGUUCCACGAACAGCUGAACAAGGAACAUGACUCAGUGUUGGGCUCGUCGCCAAGCCCACGACACCCGAGCACCAAAAAAGCAGUUGGGCCGCGGACCAAUGGGGCUGCCAGCAGGCGUCUCUCUCUCAAUGCGCAUCAAGAUGGUGCAAAAUCCGUGAAUAGAGAUGGCAAGAUGGAAUCAAGGCCAGUGGCCCCACUCAACUUUGUGGCCAUAUCCAAAGAAGAUGCAGUGGAGACCCUCUCGAGCGCUCCUUAA